AUGUGUACAUCAACGCUAAGAAGGAUGAACCUUUGUCGGGAAUGGGGGUCAAGUGGGCGUUGUAUGACGAGAGUCGCUGAAGAAGGGGUCAAAAUCGGUCGAACGUUCCUCCGCUGUGGUUCAUCAGGUUCUCCAAGACGAGCGUUCCUUCGGUUCAACUUUCCUUGUGGGAUGAUCUGA